CGGUGAGUGGGCGGAGUCAUCCAUGUAAACAUUUGUCUUAUCAGGUUUCCGUACGAUGUCGUGGCGUUUGCUCUUCUGCUGAAUUCGUGUUGCUAGCUAGCUAUCUACAUCAACAACACCACUGCUUUGAUACACAUUAUCACCUAAGUGUUACAGUUAGGAUCUUUUUAUUGAAUAAAUCAAAAUGAGACGAGCAGGUUUGGGCGAAGGAGGACCUGAAAAUUAUGUGGCCAGUGGAUACAGCGCGUACGAAGAGGAAAAUGAACACUUACAAGAGGGUCUGAGAGCCAAAGUCAGCGCCUUGAAGCAUCUGUCAAUAGAUAUCGGAACAGAAGUGAAAUACCAGAAAAACAUGUUGGACGAUAUGGACUCAGACUUUGACUCAACGGGAGGUUUGCUGGGGGCCACCAUAGGGAGAGUGAAGCAGCUUUCCAGGGGAAGCCAGACCAAGCUCCUGUGCUACAUGCUGUUCUUCUGCUUCUUGGUCUUCACCAUCCUUUACUGGUUUAUCAAACUGAGGUGAUGUGUUACAGGAGGCCCCGGCAUUUCCCUCCCUGCCUCGUGUUUCCUUUCCCGGUCUGUGUCAUGCGUGCACCUCUGCAUCAGAAGACCAGGAUGAUGACAAUGAGACUGUAAGAAUGUGCUUAAUGUUUGAGAAGACUCCCCCUAAAUCAUCAAUGACAAUGUGCAAUAGGGAAUAAUAAAAAAUGUCUGUUAAUUUUAGACAACCCUGAUGGAAUGAGUAGACACUGCCAUACGUUUGUAAUGAAACACUUUCGUACAGAGUCCCUUAACGAUGAUGCAUAUAAGUUGAUGUACAGGAUGAGUGAUCUAUUGCAUCAACAAAUCUGGCAAGGCUAAGCAGUAACAUGUGUUACACAGGCAGCCCAAUUCUGAUCUUUUUCCCCAAUCACAUUUUUCAGAGCUGAUUAGUGAAAAAAGAUUGGAAUUGGGUUCACUGUCAGAGGUUGCUUGAUCCAAUGUGAGACUGAUUUAACAUUUGAUCAAUAGUGUCCAACAAUUGAGUUCCACUAUAAACAAACAUCUUGUUUUUGUUUUGAGGAAUAAAUUAGGGUGUGCGCUCACUUCAAACAUUUCCUGUCCCAUCUACAGAGACUGUUCAUCUCCACUGCACACUGUUCUCCCGGUAACUGAUGUAAAAUGUUUUAUAUGUAAAUAAACAUGGAUGUUUUGGA